AUGGUCUACCGUCCCGGCACUUCGCUACUACCGGUCGGCGCCUGGACUACCGUCGUUCCAUUCCUCGACGCCCGGCCGUUCCUAGCUACAACCGGCGCCGCUGCUCGCUGCCAACCGCCGCAGGCUCUUGGCUUCGGAUCCGCUGCCACUACUGCUCCACCCCUGAGCUGCGUCCUCUCCGACGCUCGACGACAGCCGUUCGGAGUCCAGGCACUACCCUUCCUCGGCUGCGGUAACAAAUCAAGGACGGCGACGGUGUCCUUGAAGCCUAGGGACAGCGGGAGUCCUUUCCCGGUGAGACCGGAAGGCGUGCGUAGGGUAGCUCUGGAUACCGGGCAGGAGAGGCUUCCUGUGCCGAGAGGCGGCUGA